AUGGAAAGAACCAUUAGUCGUUCUAGUUCUCGCUUGUCUCAUUUGAAAUCCAUCAUGAAACUCCACGACAACCAUUCGGCGGAAACUACUAGCAUGGAAACGACAAUGGUGGCUUCUCCUGGUUUAUCGUACCUCAUGGAGGUUUACGUCGGCACACCGCCAGUCAAACAAAUGAUGUACGUGGACAUGGGGUCUAGCGUGUCAUGGAUUCAGUGCCUUCCAUGUGAGGAUUGUUUCCAUCAAGCUCUACCCAUAUUUAAUCCUUAUGCGUCAGCAUCAUCUCAAAUGUUGCUAGAUUAUGAGCAUGAGUGUAUGUUAUUAGAAGACAACCGUGAUUUAACUAAAUCAAAUGGAGUAUGUAACUAUGCUCUAACUUUCGGUGGCAAUUCAUAUACCCAUGGGGUACUAUUUAAGGAAACUUAUACACUUGGGCCCAGUUCCAUCACUCACGUUGCUCUAGGGUGCGGGCAUAACAAUUUUGGGAUAGUUGAGGAACAGUGCACCGGUAUAAUUGGGCUUGGAGAUAGUCCUCUCUCAUUCAUUGGUCAGACUGAUGAUUUUCUUCAUGGAAGGUUUACAUACUGCCUAGUAUCUGAUCAAUUCGGUUCAAACCCAGAUGCAAGGACUAGUAAGAUUAGCUUUGGACAUAGUCCGGAAGGGACUAUUUCCACCUCGUUGUGGAAGAUGCAAUACAAACCAAACUAUUAUAUCAUAUUGAAAUCAAUCAUCAUUGGAGAUACAGUAAUUCAAAUGCGAGGAGGACAAACCGCUAAAUUCAUGUUGGACACAGGCUCUACUCUAAGCUAUUUUCCCAGCUACGCGUAUCACAAAUUGGUGUUUGCAUUAAGACAAAAGAUUGGUAAAAGAGCAUUAAAUGUUCGUAAUGAACUUUGCUAUGAAAUUAACACCAGUAUCCCUAUAAUCACCCUCCAAUUUGAAGAUGGCGCUGAAUUAGAUUUGUCAAAGAAGAACACUUUUAUUAUAUACGACGAAAAUAAGGUGUGUCUGGCAAUAAAACGAGAUAAUGCUUUAUCCAUAUUGGGGAACCGAGCACAAAUAGACUUCUCAAUUGGAAUUGAUAUUCACCGUCGGAUGGUCUCUUUUGAUCCAACUGAUUGUUCAACCCAUGUAAUGCCAUAG